CCGUUCCUGCAGCGCUGUCGAUCUAGCCACUGGCAUCUUCCCGAGCGCCGGGGUCCCGGGGUUGGAGGCGAAGCGGGCGAGCGGGAGCGUCAGCCGGCUGCGGCUGCCCACGCGCCUCACCAUGGGCUCCGGGAGCCGGGCGCUGUCCGUGGUGCCGGCCGUGCUGCUGGCCCUCACCCUGCCGGUGCUGCCCGUCUGGGCACAGAACGACACGGAGCCCAUUGUGCUGGAGGGCAAGUGUCUGGUGGUGUGCGACUCGAACCCGGCCACGGACUCCAAGGGCUCCUCUUCCUCCCCUCUGGGGAUCUCGGUCCGGGCGGCCAACUCCAAGGUCGCCUUCUCGGCGGUGCGGAGCACCAACCAUGAACCGUCGGAGAUGAGCAACAAGACGCGCAUCAUUUACUUCGAUCAGAUCCUAGUAAACGUGGGUAAUUUUUUCACCCUGGAGUCUGUCUUUGUAGCACCAAGAAAAGGAAUUUACAGUUUCAGCUUUCAUGUAAUUAAAGUCUACCAGAGCCAAACAAUCCAGGUUAACCUGAUGUUAAAUGGGAAGCCAGUAAUAUCUGCCUUUGCCGGGGACAAAGACGUUACUCGCGAAGCUGCUACUAACGGUGUGCUUCUCUACCUGGAUAAGGAGGAUAAAGUUUACCUGAAACUGGAGAAAGGUAACUUAGUUGGAGGCUGGCAGUACUCCACGUUCUCCGGCUUUCUGGUGUUUCCCUUAUAGGAUUUGGUUUCUCCAUGAUGUUGAUCCAGGGGAGGGGUGGCCCACCCCUGAGUUACUGGAAGAUCAUUUUCUCAUCCUCGGAUUGAUGUCUUUUAUCGGUUUCUUAUGGGUGAAUAUGGAUUCUCUUUAAGGAUUCUAGGCCUGUCCGAACCAAUACACAGUCUCACAGGUUAUUUUGUGUGUGUGUGCGUCUCCGUAUCCUCGGAUGGGGACUCUCAGCAGACAUAAUAUGUACCUGUGCUCAAGUGUGACAGUCAAAAGCUGUCUGCGAGGUUUAUUCUGAAUUUAAUUUCCUGGAAUCACUGAAUUCGUUGCAGGUGUGGAAUUUUAUUUCUUUGUUUUUUAAGAAAAGACUGGCAACCGGGUCUAAGAAUUAGAAAACUCUCAAGUUCUGACUUCAAUCAACGGUUAGUACGAUACUGCCAAAGAACUGUGUGCUGUGUUGAUAUAUUGAUUACACUCGUUUUUAUUCCUUUGGAAUCAGUUUGUUUUGUUCUCUUGCAGUAACUGGGGGUUGUUUUUCAGUGACUGGCUUUGUGUCUUCUCUACAAAUAGGGUAACGAAUGGCUUGCCCGCAAAGUUACCCUAUGAUAUCACCAACAUGACUUCCCUUAACAAAAACGAAUGCUUCAUAGUUGUAUUUUAAUUAUAUAUGUGAAAGAGUCAUAUUUUCCAAAUUAUAUUUUCUAAUAGGAAGAAUAGAUCAUAAAUCUGACAAGGAAAAAGUUGCUUACGCGAGUUCUAAGUGCUCAGCCCCCAAACCUCCACCAAACCGCCCUCCUCCGUGGGAAAUCCUAUACUUUGUUUUUAAUUAUACCUAUUUUUCAAGCCUUCUGUUGUGUUUGAAAGUAUCAUAUGGUUUUGCCUUAAUUCCUUAAAUUGUAUAUAUUUAUCUGUUUAGCUAAUAUUAAAUCCAAAUAUCCCAUAUCUAAACUUAGUGCAAUAUCUUAUUUUGUCUUUUG